AUGGGAUGGAAUAAUAAUAAUAGAAUAGAAAAUAAAAGUAAUGUAAUAUUAAAUGGAUGGAUAGAUGGAUGGGUGGUCUCCAAUUAUUUUAAUCCUGUAGGCGGGGCAGUCUCAAAGAUAUUUAUUAUUGUAUUUAUAAUAAACAAUGAAAUCGAUUGUCGCGUGGCAUUAAAUUAUGCGUUGAGAAGAACAUUAGCCGGUCCAGCAUCCUCCACCUCAACCUACUCCCCAAAGCUUGACCCAGGAAAAGCUGCCCCAUCAGGUAACUCUGGUGAAGGUUACAGACGUCCAGGUACCGCUGCUUCUGGUCCACAAUCUGCCACUGCUCCAUACGUCCCAACCACCGACAUUGGCAAGCAAGCUCCAUCUGGUCAAACCUCAGACUCUUUCCGUAGAUUCAACAGCGCUUCUGGUCCACAAUCCUCACAAGCUGCAUACACCCCAACCAACGACCCAGGUGUCAGCUCCUCAGUCUCUGGUGGAGGUGGUAACGACUACUUCUCUCACCACAAUGACCAAAACUAA